AUGCCGGAUCCUUUCGUGAAAGGUGAAAUCCAUGAGAAGAAGGUAAUGUUGAGCGUCUGGUGGGGAGUUCAUGGAAUCUACCGUUUCGAACUGCUGCCGGACAGCACGACAGUUACUGACGAGGUCAACAACAACGUUCGUCUGCUGCACGAUAAUGCGCGCCCUCACAUCGCGAAGAAGGCUUUCCAGAAAUUUCUGGAGAUCGGAUGGGAAGUUCUACCGCACCCACCGUACAGCCUGGACCUGGCCCCGAGUGACUACCACCUCUUCCGAUCGCUUCAGCAUCACCCUGAAGAGAAGCGCUACGAUGAUCGUGACCACCUCGAAAAUGACCGGGCUUUCUUCGCCUCCAAGUCGCCGCAGUUCUGUGCCAAAGGAAUCUGUGAUCUUGUGAGACGUUGGCAGAAGGAGGACCCAAACGUGGACUAUGAGAUACUGCUCAGAAGACUACGAGCCUGGGCUGAGCGUGCCUCGAAGCUGCGCACGACAAACUUGGAUCGAAUUUCGAAGACCACCAAGGAAUUGUUGGAAAGAAGAAGGGCUUUGAGGCUUGAUUCGAAUGCAUCGCACAUUGAGCGGCAGAAGAAGAUUCUGGAAGCAGCACAAAGAAGAACGAGUCUAAAGAAGUGCCGCAAGGAUCUCCGCGAAUAUAAUAUUCCGCUAGCAGCCUUGCUGAGGGAAGACGGGACUCGCACGUCUUCUCGUCAUGAGAUGGAAAUCAUUACGGAGAGGUUCUACUCGAACCUUUUCCGUUCAUCAACUCCUGUGUCAAGCCCGAUCAUCCCCACUGAUAAAGCUCCACCACGGAUACUCCCUUCGGAAGUACGAGUCGCUAUCAAGAGCAUGGAACCUGGCACAGCCUUCGAACCUGAUUUUAUAUAA